AUCAAGAUGUUUGAUAAUUAAAAAUGACAUUUUGUUACUUGAAAAAAUGAAAACAGUGAUCAAAGUUUUUAAUCUGCUCCUCCUAACUAAAUAGCUAUAUAGUCCCUUGUUCCAUUUUCUGCUUUACCCAAUUAUUAAGUUCAGUAAUUUAACAAUUAUUAAACAACUUUAAAUUUUGUCUCCAUUAUUUUUCAAAUCAGUUGAAUUUCAGAUGAUUUUGUUCAUGUUGUUCGUAUAUUAUAGCACUAGCAAUCUUUCGUUAUUAACAAUAAAUUCUCGACUAAAAGCUCAGGGAAGACAAAUUUCAACUUAAUUUUGAGUAGAGGUAAAAAUACCAAUUGAAUAUAGUGUACAGAUAUAAAGUUUAGCGGUUGUAAAAAUCACAAAUAAAAUUUGUGAGGCUCUACUAAAUAAAUACUUAAUUCUAUAUUUUAAUUGAUUUGAAAAAUAGUGGAGAUAUAUUUUAAUCGAAUUACAGUUUAAAUGUGUACCAAAACAUGCCUGUGUGUAAUUUUUUUUGUUAUUUUGUUGACAUUUAGUUUAAAAUUAUUACGUUAUUAAAUCCUAUCACACCACAUAUACUAAAGUUACUGAAAAGGCUGUUGAUUGAGCAUGCAUUACAGUCGUAGACGGCUGCAAGGCAAUGAAUAUCUACAAAGGUACUCGGACCAUUGCCUUGCGGCGCGAUUUGGAUGCUAUGUCCAUGUACUAUCAGGAAAGAAGCUCCGCUGGUCAGCACACAUACUUUAAGCUGCAUGAGCCGCCAAGGACUGGGCUCAGUUUCAUAUUUCACGGUGUAAUUCUAAGCGACUGUGAACACUUUGCUAUAGAUUUUCGCAGCAGGCAGAAGGACGAAAAUAACGACGAUAGUUGUGAUAUUCUUCUGCAGAUUGGACCACGUCUUCCGCAAAAGUAUAUAGUGCGCAACUUUCGUCUAAUGGGAAAGUGGGGCCCCGAAGAAAGUUCAUCGAACUUGCCAUUUCAAUUGAAACGUGGAAAAUCUUUCUGGAUGCAGGUGCUGCUUACAAGCGAAUCAUUUUAUAUUUCGGUAAAUGGUUAUCACUUUGCAACAUAUGGUUAUCAUAUGCCAUAUAGAUGGUUGGAUUCUGUAGAUGUAUGUGGCGAUGUCUCCGAUAUUCUAAUACAUACCUUCUACGUGACGGAGUAUCCAAUUCGUGUUAUCCGUACAAUAACUCACUUUCUGUCCUUUAAUAAUCGUGAAUCUAAAGAUUAUCCUACUAUGCCUUUGGAUUGGUUACGUAUUGAUGUUCCAUCAAAAUUUCUAAGGCAUAAAAGUCUCUCUCGAACUGAAGCCCAUUUGUCGUUACCAUUCUACGGUCGUAUCGCAGAUGAUGUAAAACUGACUGAUGGUCGAGCUUUGCGCAUUGAAGGUCGAGUCCGCAUUAUGCCACACAGGUUCAGCGUGGCUUUACAGCGUGGAUUUAACAUCUGGCCUCAGCCGACUGUAUCGUUAUUAUUUAGGCCUAGUUUUAUACGAAAUAGUCGCGCCAAGGUGGGACAAGCCAUUAUUGCCAGGAGCGCUUUUAUAAAUGGUGCGUGGGUGAAUCGUGAAGUAUCUCGUACGCAUACAUAUUUGAAGCCAGGAAAAGCAUUUGUAAUUAUCAUUGCCUGUAGAAAGAAUUUCUAUGAAGUAUCUGUAAAUAACAAAUUGUUGCUGACUUACAAACAUCAGAUGAAUCCCGCUGACAUCGAUAUUGUGAACAUACGAGGGGAUGUAAAGAUCUGGAAUGUUGUCGUUGAGACUGCGAGAGUUUCACGUGGUAAAUCUGGUAUAUUAUCUUUAAUUGGCAUUAGUCGAAGUGCGAUUAAAUAAAAUAAAUAAGGACUUGCCCAAAGUAAAACAGUUGUAUUGACUUUGAAAUGUAAUGUGGUCACUAACAAUAUUUACCAAAUAACGAUAUUGAUCGCAAAGUAUAUACCACGAGUACAUA